AAACUCACUGGAGGAUUGUCAGGCGGGAGGAGGAGGAGAAGCGGUAGUUUGUCCUUGAAGCCGGAUUGUUUGGUCUAGAGGAGAGCUGACGUCACGCAGACAUCUGAGUUCCCGGAUGGUUGUGAGAGCGCCGGAAGGGAGAGAGCCGGGAAAGAGAGUAAACAGGAAAGGGAAUCAGGGAAGAAAUAAAGAAGAGAGGAAGCAAGGAAGUACCCUAAGACCUAUGGCGGGGCAACCAUAGAGUCCUGGCGGACCGAGAAGUUAGGAUAAGCGGGUGCCGGCGGACUCUGAAAGGCGGUGAGAAAGGAGAAGAAACGAUAGGAGGGGAGAGAUACGUAUGAGACGGUGUCGAGGACGAGAAGUAGACGACUCAACGGAGAGGUGAGCAGUGUGUGACGAGAGGACAGUCGACCCAGGCCCAGGCGGGAGGCGUGUGGAGGGAGACGGAGAGAGGCGAGGACGAGAAGCAGACGGAGGCGGCGGUGUUGCGGACGGGGAGAGCGAGGAAAGGAAGAAAGGAGGUGGAAUUCGAGGACGAGGACGAGGACGAGAAGCAGAGGGAGCGGGGCCUGCGGAAAGAGCGGUCGGUGGAAGGAAGAAGUAUAAGAAACAGAAGGAAGGAGGAGAAGUAAAUAAACGAGCUGGUCUGGAGUGGGACCGAAAUUAGAUAAGAUAAGAUAAGAUAAGAUAAGAUAAGAGGGAUAAGGAAGGAAUAAGAAGAGACUCUAUAAACUGAACUAAGAGGGAACUUGUAAGAAAAGAGUAAGAAAAGAGGAGGAGGGUAAGAGAGAAAAGAAGAGGGAAGAGGAGGAGGAAGAAGAGAAGGGAGGUGAAGAAAGGUGGGGAGGAGGGAAGGGGAAAAGCUUUGUGAAUUGUGAAUUAAAUAUAUACACCACUUUUAUCUUCUAACAAAGCAAUCCUAUAGAGUUUACCGCCCUCCCACUGAUUAAGGGUGACACUUGGGAAAUAGGGGCAGUGACUCUUUAUCUGAUUGUCUCUCCCCCUUAACAGAUAAAUAGGAUCAAUUGGUACAGUAGAGGAUUAUUGUUAAGGAUCUAACAUUUAAAUUCGCCAUCGGACCGAGGAAAUAACAAAGAGAUUAGAACAUCGAAUAAAGAUGACCACCCCAAAAAUGAAGAUGGAGGAUAAAAAAUCUGCCUCAAGGAGAGGGUCAAUCCCAGAAGAAGUAAACUUGAAAGAUGUAAUGAGAGAACUCCAGAGAAUUGUGGAUAAUCAAAAAACAUUUCAAGAUCAAAUGUUAACAAUGACAAAGGAUCUAACGGAAGAAUUCUCAGAAAUGAAAAAAGAGAUGAAGGGUCUGCAAGAAGAUAUCAGAGAUAUUAAAGAGGACAAUAAGAAACUAGAGAAAAUACAAGAUAAUUUCAAAUCUAAAUUAGAAAAAUUAGAAUUAAAAAAUGCUAAACUAGAAGAAAGACAGGAACUUCUAGAAAGGAAAGAAGUAGAAUAUCAAAUUAGAAUAAGAAGAAUAGUAGAAGAACCAAAGGAAAAUAUAAGACAAAUUGUUACUCAAAUCCUAGCAGACCUACUACAAAUUCAAGACGAAGAAAUGGAGAACAGCCUAGAGCGAACAUUCAGAGUUACCACGAGCUUUUCAAAGAGAAACAAAGUACCUAGAGAUGUGGUGGUCCAGUUUGACAAAAGGAGGACAAGAGAAGAAGUAUUGAGACUUAGUAAAAAAAAUACGAUUAGGUUCAAAGGAACGAAGGUAACAAUCCUCAAAGAAUAUUCGUCAAGUUCGAUGCAAAAACGGAAGAAAUACCUCUUCCUCACGGAAGAACUUAAGAGACGACAAAUCAGAUUCAGGUGGGAAAGAAAAGAAGGUAUCAUGACCACCUACAAGCAAGAACAACACUGGAUUACAACUGAAGAAAAAGCAAAAGACUUCUAUAAAAUGAUAAUGAAGGAAAAAACAAAACCCAACCCAACCAUCAGCCCACUGGAAGAAGAACGAGAAAGAGAAAAGAAAAGAGCGAGAGCUACCUCCCCGGAAAAAUUUACUACCAAACUCGGAUCACAGCCGCCAAACCUAAUAGAUUUAGAAGAACUAGAAGGAAAAGAAGACUAAAAAUAUAGUAUGGAAUUAAAAUGUCACUCAAAUAAUAUUAACGGACUAAAUUCGCCUAAUAAAAGAAACAGACUAUUCAAUCACCUAAAGAAGUCGAGAUUUGAUUUAAUCGCCCUCCAAGAAACCCAUAUCAGCCAUAGACACUCUGCACUGUUAUCCCAAAAAAGAUUAGGUAUAGAUUUUUCUUCCUCUGCUAGGGAAAAAAAAGGGGGGGGGUCCUAUA